AUGUUACGGGACAUGCCCCUGGAUGCAACUGCCGAGCUAGAGGGCAUUCCAUACUAUGAGCAGACAGUGCUGGAGCUGCGAGAUGGAGAGACAUACCAGUGUUUGAUCUGCACCGUUGAGAUGGACGCCUCUUGUCCGAUGUAUGCUUGCCACCAAUGCUACCGAGUGUAUGAUUACGAAUGCAUUAGGCGUUGGGCUCUGAAGGCUACCAGUACGACGGUGGACCGAACGUGGAAGUGCCCGAACUGCUAUCACGUUAACAGGAAGGUGCCGCCGAAGAAUCGACACACAUGCUGGUGUGGUAAGCAGGUGAACCUUGACCCAAACUACAUAAAUCCGAACUCCUGUGGGCAGACGUGUGGCGCGCCGAUAUGUCAGCACGGCUGCUCGAAGUUAUGCCAUCUUGGACCACACGAGGAAUGCAUGGUCCGGAUCGACUUCAAAUGUCGGUGCGGGAAGCUUACAGAAGAGAUUCCGUGCUACGAAGCCAAGGCUGCGAAGCGCAACUUUUCCUGCGACCAGCCCUGUGGGCUACCGAUGCCCUGCGGUAUACACAAGUGCGAGCGAGUAUGCCACAAUGGGCCGUGUGGUCCCUGUAAGGAGGAGAUCGCGGGCGAUAUCAAAUGCUAUUGUGGGCUAACAACCCGCAAUAAGAUGGUAUGCAGUGAGGUCUCUGUGGUAGCCCGCUCCAAAGUCAGCAAGUAUAAGAGUUGGAUAGGUGCGUUUGCAUGCGAUCGGAUGCGGGAAGUACCCUACAGCUGCGGAAAGCACAGCUUUCACGAAAAAUGCAUUGCGCCUCCAUCGCUGCCUAAAAGGACUCCAUGCCCUUAUUCUCCCGAAAACUGUACGACAUGUCCCUGUGGAAAGACUCAGUUGGCAGAAUUAGGAUCUACUCGGACUGCGUGUACGGAUCAUAUAUCUUCCUGUGGUAAGGUCUGUGGGAAGCAGCUCUCCUGCGGGAAUCACACUUGUCCCAUGACCUGCCACGAUGGUAACUGCAUGGAUCCAUGCCUCGUUAUAACUGAGCAGAAGUGUGCAUGCGAACAGAGGCGUUUCCUUGUUCCUUGCCAGUUCCCCCAUUCCCCAAGUUGCACUGCAAAAUGUGAAUCAUUGAUGUCUUGUCGUCGCCAUCGGUGCGCUGAAAGAUGCUGUUCCGGUAGACCGCAUUCUGUCAAGCGGAACUCUAGGCGGCGCCGUGAGAGUCCAGAUGAUGAAUCUGAAGUUGAGGCCCAGCACGUGUGCUUAAAAGAUUGUAAUCGGGUGCUGCUUUGUGGUAUCCACAUGUGCAAUUACAAAUGCCAUGCAGGCAAAUGUCCUCCCUGCUUAGAAUCAGAUUCCAAUGACCUUAUCUGUCCCUGUGGUAAGACAAUCGUACCAGCCCCUGUCCGUUGUGGAACAAAGCUCCCUCGCUGCACUCAUCCAUGUCGAAACUCGCUGCUGGAUACUUGGCCCUGCGGACACAGUCCACCUUCGCAUAAUUGUCAUCCCUUAGAUGAACCUUGCCCCCCAUGUACCAUCACAGUCAAGAAAACUUGUCGCUGCGGUAAAAACGAGAUCAGGACAUUCUGCUACAAUGAUGAUGUGUCGUGUUCGAGACCGUGUAAGAAGCCAUUGUCCUAUUGCAAUCACUUCUGCCAAGUUCCCUGUCAUUCAGAUGGCCAAUGCCAGCAAACUUGUAAGCAGGCCUGUGGUCUACCACGGAAAGCCUGCGAGCAUGUUUGUAAGGCAAAAUGCCAUGGCCAUACGGCAUGCCCUGAAUCCCCUUGUACAGAGAAGAAGACGAUCACCUGUUCAUGUGGUCACAAGUCAUCAACCAAAAUUUGCAGUGAGUAUGCUGGGAAGGAUGAUGGUAUCGGAGCAUCGCAACACCUGUCCUGCGAUGAAGAUUGUGCAAAAUUCCAACGGCACCAGCAGCUAAUGCGAGCCUUCGGGGUGGUCGAGAAGGCGACUUCUGAGGAGGAUGAAGCCCUUCUGUUAGCACAGAGAUCACAGUCUUUUGACGAUCUUCAUCUACCGUUUACAGAAUAUGUGCUCUCAGUAUUCACAAAACAGUCGCAGUGGUGCACGCAAAUUGAGCAAUACCUGAUUAAACUGAUGGAUGACUCCUCUCCCAAGGCCCUGCAUUUCAAGCCGAUGCGUGCGGCCCAGCGCAGGUUUGUACACGAACUAUCUUCGUCCUUUGGCCUCUACUCAGAAUCUCAGGACCCGGAACCUAAACGUUCGGUGUAUGUGAAGAAGACAGGGAUUUCCAGAGUUCCAGCCAUCGGUCUAUCCAAGGCAGCUCCGCUGUAUACAUCAUUCAAAAAGCUGGAGCGUGAAUUUAAAGCCAAUUCCGAGUCCGCGGUCACGAAAAAGUUGGUGUCAGUACACAUUGAUGAUUCGCCAGAGUCACAGCAUGAUGCAGCAAUCAACGCCAUUCUUCUAUCCGGCCUGACAUCUUUUGCAUCCGAAUCUGCAUUGCGCGACUGCUUCGCGGACUACUUCAGCCAAACCUUACUAAAUUGCCCGCAGUAUGUUGUCAGAGGAACAGAGGGUUAUAUCUUUCCUACAGAUUAUCUGUCACUAUCUGCCAAUGCUGAAAAAGAUCUCACAAAGCUUGCCGGAUACUUCCGCCUGCUCUUCCAGGAACAGAAUCUUUGGACAGAUAUUAGCACCUGCAAAUUGGAUUCAAACCUGAACAGAAUUGGGUCUUGUGAGUCUCCAGCGGCAGACUGUCUCGGACAAUGA